AUGCAAGGGUUUUCCGAGACCGGUUCAGGCAGCUCUGAAUCAGAAGACUUGUCUAGAAACUAUAAGAGAACCAAAGGAAGCAGACGCUAUGUUCCUCAGAAGAAUUCUGUAGCAUAUGCAUUGUUGAUUACACUUUACAGGCCAGAGAAGGGAAAGGGAAAAGCUGGACGCUUUGGGAGUUCUGCAAGGGAGUGGUAUAGUGGAUGGUCCUGCAUGAAGACAUUGAUAUCCAAGAGACUGGUUAUCAAUCAAGUUGCCCAGUACAUGCUUAAUCAAGAAGGUCAGGAAGCUGCACGUGAAUGUCUCAUGAGGUCUAGUAUGGAAAACCCCAUUGAAAAAACUGUUAAUGCUAAAGUGCUUUCUGUUCUGGAUGUGGAGAAUAUUUCACAUCAGGAGCUUGCUCAUCGUGACUCAGCCACGGAAAUGAUAUUGUUAUCCCCUACUGUGAGUAGGUGGAAGAAAUCAUUUGAUAUUCCACGGCUAUACAUUGUGAAGAGUCAUCCUGUGCCUAAGUCUAGAUCGGAUGAUUUCAAAGCAAGUUCAAAUGUCUUUUCUUUGCCGCCUCUAAGCUUUGGGGAGACAUUUGAAGAUGCAUAUGAAGUGAUCUUGAUUUUGGAUGAUCGAGAGCAAUCUGCCACUCAGGGAUUUAUGAAUAUAAAGAGAAGAAUCAAAGAGUGGGAGAAGAUGAAGGCUGAACAGAAUUAA